AUGACACGCAAUAUUUUUCCACCACCAGAAGCUCACGAGCGAUCAUUGUUCCUAACAAGUGAUGGGCAUGCUAAUAGCAUAGAACGAGAUGGUCUACUACAAUGGAACGCAUCAAGUAUGAUUGCAAUAGAUUCCUAUGUUUAUGAUCCAACCGAGCCAGUAAUAAGUAAGAUGAAUAACAAAUCUAUUGAACUGCCCGUAGAUAUCAAUUCGUAUCUUCAUCGUAAUGAUAUUCUUGUGUACACUACCGAACCAUUGAAUAAGCCAAUUACAGUGGUUGGUGAUAUUGUCAUUGAACUGAUAAUCUCGAGUACGGCACGUGAUACCGAUUUUGUGAUUGAAUUAAUGAAUAUGAUGACUGAUGGACGCUCGAUCAAACUUGGUUCUAAAACUGCAGGUCAACUUCGUACACGCUAUCGUGAUGGCUUUGGUAAAGAGAUAUUGAUGUUGUCCAACGAAACUUAUCUCAUUCGCAUUGAUUUGCAUGCUAUCGGAAUUACAUUUCUUCCACACCAUCGUAUUAGAUUAGCAAUUAUGAGCAGCAUUUUCCUUGGAUCAGUGUAA